AUGUGUUCCAUUCCAGGACUCCCAUCAACAGGUUCAAAUGUACCUGUAAUUAUUACCAGAGUAAAUUUGAACCCCUCAUGUGUUUUGGUAGAGUUCUGGGGUAAUUUUGACCAAGACCGGAAAUUUGCAUAUCAACAACUUAAAAAGGAAAUUCAGUACCCUAGAGAGGGUUUCUAUGAGUCGGAUGGAAAUCCUGGUGACUUGUGCCUUGUACGUGUGUAUGAAACAUGGUACAGAGCCCGUAUAGUGUCAAGAGACACCGAAGACUACAGUGUGUUUUUAAUUGAUGAAGGCAGAACACUUAGUGCCACAGUUAACACCUUAGCAUGGGGCAAAAGUGACUUUUUCUAUCUGCCCCCUGAGGUUGAAUUCUGUGUUCUAGCCAAUGUUUUACCACUUUCUCGAGAAAACAAAUGGUCUGCAAUGGCUUUUGAGUUUAUGAAGACCUUCUGUGGUAGAAAAGUCAGUGCCUCUGUUCAAGAUGUUCUUGUGCCUCAUCGAACAUUUCUACUUGACAUUCCUUGUCUGUCCAGACAGAUGUAUGAAAUGGGGUUUGCAAAAAAUUUGUCCAGCGAAAGGUUCAAAGAGUUCGUUACUAGGUCUUUGCAGGCUAACAAUGGAACUUUAGAACCUCAGAGAAUUUCUUCCAUCAGAAACAAACCCAUUGAGAUCUUUGAACAAAUGGAGAAACUUCAGUCCUACAUGUACCCUGAGUUGCAAACUGAUACUGUUGAGACUGUGGUUGUCACAGAAAUCACAAAUCCCUUUCGAAUAUUCUGUCAGCUGAAGGUUUUCUCUCAGGAGCUAAGGAAGUUAACUGAACAGAUAACUAAGCAUUAUGAAGGAAGAAUUGGAGCCAAUUUCGCAAGACCUGAGAAUUUGGGCAGUCCAUGUGCAUCAAGAGGAAGUGAUGGCAAGUGGUAUCGUUCUGUGCUGCAGCAAGUCAUGUCUGCCAACAGUGUGGUUGAGGUUUUGCAUGUGGAUUAUGGGAAGAAGCAAUUUGUACAGGUUGAGAAUGUCAGGCCUCUUGCCUCUGAAUUCUUCAGAAUGCCUGUUGUGACUUAUAUUUGCUCCCUUCAUGGAAUAGUUGACAGAGGUGUUGGUUGGACAGCUUCACAGAUCGAUUACCUGAAAUCUCUCCUGCUCAGCAGAACAGUGAUCGCCAAGUUUCAGUAUCAGAGCCUUUCAGAGGGUGUCCACUAUGUCACGCUUUAUGGAGAGGAGAACACAAACAUCAACAAGUUGUUUGAACUGAAACAGAAAUGUUCACUGGACUCUGAUAUGACCCUUGCAGAUUUUGCUGUUCAGAAGAGCCCGUCAUCUCAAAAGAGCUCCGAGAGAAAUGAGACCAAGCACGCUGAAGACACAUACUCUGACCUUAAAGGGAACAAACCUGUCUUCUUUACUGAAACACUGUCCCCUAACACUUCACAUGUAGCUGUCGUGCAACAUGUUGACAGCCCUGGAAAGUUUUGGAUUCAAACUCGGCGAUAUGCUGAAGAAUUCGAUCAGCUAAUGGAUGGCCUUGGAAAUUUGUACAGUGAUCCAACAAGUACUGAAGGUUUGAUAAAAAGGCCUGUUGCUGGUCUACUCUGUGCGGCUAAAGCACAAGAUGGUGUGUUCUAUAGAGCAGCUGUCUAUAAGGUAAUAGACAAGAAAGCAGAAGUUUUCUUCCUUGACUAUGGAAACACAGAAGUUGUUGAUUGCUUUAGCCUCCGACAGUUGCCUCUGAGAUUCCAGCAGCUUCCAGCUAUGGCAGUGAAAUGCUCUCUCAAUGGCAUUAAAUCCAGACUGAAACACUGGGAUGAUAGGGCUACAUUGUUCUUUUCAAAAAUUGUUGAAGACAAAAUACUUGACAUGCAUGUACAAGACAAGUAUCAGGACACUCACAUGGUUCAGUUAGUGGACACCAGUUUAGAUGGAGAAAAUGAUGUCAGCAAGUUGUUGUGCAAUGCAGAUUUAGCAGAAAGUGAAAACACUGUGGAUAAUUCUGCGGUAACAUCUUACAGUUCGGUAUACAGCUCUGGUAUAUUCCUGACAAGUACUCGACCUCAGACACUGUCCAGUUCUUCUGCUGUGACAGAAAAUGCAUCUGCUUUCAAGGAAUAUUUGUUUCCAAUUGGAAGUUCACUGGAGGUCACUGUGUCCUACAUUGAGAGUCCAAAUGACUUCUGGUGCCAAAAAGCCAGAAAUGCAGCAUGUUUAGAAGUGCUAAUGCAAGAUAUCCAGCGCUUCUAUGCUCAUAGUGAAUUUCAGCCACCAUUGGAAGCAGCUUGCGUUGCCCGUCAUCCUGAAACUGGGAUAUGGUACAGAGCCUUGGUGAUUCAAAAGCACCAAACCCCACAUGUUGAUGUGUUGUUCGUUGACUAUGGGCAGACAAAGACAGUUGCCAUAGAAGAUCUUCGGAAGGUAAGUCCAACAUUUUUGAAGAUGAAAGGGCAAGCCUUUCGAUGCAGUCUGUAUAAUCUGAUCCACCCAGUCUCUCGGUCAACUUUAGACUGGACUGCUGAAGCCACAUUGCAGUUUCAAGAGUUUGUUGACAUGGCAGCUUCCAUGAAUGUGCCCUUGAAAUGCACAAUUUUUGCUGUAAUGUAUGACUCCCAGAGAGUUGUGUUCAAUGUGGUGGAUUUGGAGACCCCAUUCCAAAGCAUUUGCAAUCUCCUUGUCCAGAGACGACUAGCAUACCGUGCACCCUCUAAAAGGGCUCCUCUUCCACCAUUUCGUCUGGACACUUACUACUACUCCACACAUGAUAUCAAAACUGGGUGUGAAGAGAAAGUAGAUAUCACCUGUGUGAAAAGUGUCACUCGGUUCUUUUGCCAUCUUGCAAGGAAUUCAGACCAGAUUGGAAAACUUGCAGACAAGGUCAACUCCAUGUGCGGUCAACUAGAGGUUACCGAGUGUCCUCAGGCUUUUGGAACGGUUUGUUUUGCAAAAUACACAGAUGGACAAUGGUACAGAGGACAAAUAAAGUCUAAAAAAAAAUCAGUUGUGGUGCAUUUUGUGGAUUACGGUGACACAUUAGAAGUAGAUAAAUCAGACUUGCUGUCAGUCCCAAUUGAAGCAGGAGAUAUCAUGUCUGUCCCAGUUCAGGCAGUUGAAUGUGGGCUCUCAGAUAUACCUGAGGAUGUGCCAUGUGAAGUGGGAAAUUGGUUUCAGAAUUUUGCAGAUGGUCGCUCUUUUAGAGCUUUGAUUGUUGCAAAAGAACCUGGAGGAAAGCUUAUAGUUGAGCUUUAUGAUGGUAAAACUCAAGUAAAUGCAUUGAUAAGACAAAAGUUUCGCAAUGAAAUUCAUAGAAAUGACCAGAGCACAUUCCAAGGGCGUAGUUCCAAGAACAGAAUUGCAGAAAGUGUAGAAGUCCAUGUGAGGAAAAGUUCCAGUGAUCCAAAGAGAAAUCCCAUGGAUAAAAUUCAGCAAUCCUGCGACAGUCACUUAGCACAAAGAGAUGAUCAACCAACACAAAGAUGUGAUAAUUUUGAAUCAAAACAGGCACGGGGCAAGUGGGGAUUCCAUAAAGAUGGUAGACCAGAACCUACAAAGGAUCCUGGAAGAUGCCAUAAUGCCUCAAAACAUCAUGGAUCACAAAGAAAGUCAGAUGAUGGAGAUGAUGGGCUGCUCCCUUAUCAAUCUGGGAAAGCUGAUGGUAUAAAAACCAAGUCCCCGACUUCUCUCAAAGAAUCUUUGCUCCCAUUGAAAUUAAUAAAACCAGGUCUGGAAGCUGAAGUAUUCAUUUCUCAUUACAACAGCCCUUUUAGCUUCUUUGUUCAGAUGGUAACAGAUGAGGAUGACAUUUACUUACUUGUAGAGAAAUUAAAUGACAUCGAGUCAGUCAUUGCAAACAUUGCUACCUGUGAUAUUCAUGAGGGAGACUUGGUCCGUGCAAUGUUUCCUAGUGAUAACUCGUGGUACCGUGCAGCAGUAAGAAAAAACAUUGGUGACACAAUUGAUGUCGAAUUUGUUGACUUUGGAAACACAGCUUCAAUUUCUGCCUCAAAAAUAUGUUGUCUUGGUCAAUCAUUUGCUUCACUUCCAAGGUACAGCAUCCAAUGCGCACUACAUGGACUAAAUGUUGACAACACAGACGAAGAAUUUGCACGCAACUUCAAACAAGUUGUUGAACAAUAUACUGGAAAGGUCAUGUGCACAUUUGUCAAAAUGUCAGGGAAUGUGUGGGAAGUCAAACUUGACAUGGCUGGUGUAGUGCAGAGAUCCACAUGCAGGGAUGAAAUUCCACCAGCGGUUGCGCUUAAGAUCCCAGGUGUCAAGCAAAAUUUGUCUGAUAUCAAGGUCUGUACCCAUUACAAGGACCCUGACUUAUCAGUUGGACAAAAGGUCACCGGAUACGCCUCAUUCAUCAGAGGUCCUCUGCUUUUCUGGUGCCAGUAUGCAAUAACAGACAAACUCCAAGAGAUUUCAGAUAUGUUGCAGAAUGUUGGUAAUUCAUUGGUGAAAACCUUGAAUGAGGAAGCUGUACCAGUUGGAAGUGCUUGCAUUGCCCUUUACAAUGAAGAUAAUCUAUGGUAUCGGGCUAAAGUAACAUCUAGGGACCUAGACACCCUGUUCAUUACAUUUAUCGACUAUGGAAAUGAAUCAAAAGUCAAUGUAGGUAAAGUGAAAGCACUUCCACCUGAGCUAUCGGAUGUGCCCCCUCAGGCAUUUGAUUGUCAGCUUGAAGGCUUUGAUCUUUCCAAGGGUUUCUGGAAUGAAAAUGCAGAUGAUCAGUUCUUUGAGCUAAUUAAUGACAAACCCUUAAACAUCACUGUUGAGAAAAUGGGGAAUUCUGAAACGCCAUACUUUGUCAAGCUGGAGUCUAAUGGAGUUGACAUCAAUGAUGCCAUGAGAAGUUACUGGAAAUCUCUCAGUCCUGAAAGCCCAUCAUUUGAACUCCUUGAUGGAGCAGAAUUGGUUUCUUCCGAUGACACUGUGGCCACUGAAAUUAAUAUUGGCUCAGUAGCCGCUCUUGAAGCAGGCACUAUUUGUGUUGCCAAUGAAAUAUGUGCCUCUGGCCUCAAAGAUGAGUUUUUUAUACCAAUAAGUACAGAGGUUGUAAAUGAAGCACAGGCUGACCCACUUGUGGUGAUAGAUGAAAAUGUUGCCUCCCCUGAUGGGAGUAUGGUGCUCUCUGAAACCCAAGAGGACCUGGAAACCACAUGGGUCACAGAACAUGAACCAGUUCCUGGUUUCACAGAAUGCCCAUCAGACCCAACAAACCAGUGUGACCUUGAUGAAGAGGCACAUGUUGAUCCAACACCCAUUCAUUCAGUUUUACCACAUCAGUGUGAGAGAGCUUCUUCAGAGAAUAUAGAUGGCUUCCUGUUAAAUAACACUGAUUCUGAAUUAUGCAUUGAGGAGCCAGAUUUGCCAUCAUACGAGAUCAUUCAAUCAGACUUAGGCAAUUUAAGACAGGCUACAGAGAAGAAAACCGUUGGGUCAGAAUGUGUUAUCUGGUCUCAUGCAAGAAGGAAUUGGUGCAGAGCACACAUUUUAAAGGUUUCUGAAGAUGCCGCAUUGGUUCUGCUUGUGGAGCAUGACUCUGAGGUGAUGGUAGAUCCACUCAACAUCUUCGAAAUUGUGCUAGAGGAGCCAUUGCUUACUUCAAACAUUGGAGCUGCAUUUUCAAGUGAUGGAGUAACUAAGGAAAAACAUACUGUACCAGUAAAGAGCAAUGUCUCCAAGGCUGAAGAUGAAGAAUAUGGAACUGCCAUCAGCUCUGCUUCUGAUGAAUCAACUGGUGAAGAGAGAUGUAAAAGUCCAAUUGACCAGAUGGAUCCAGGUGAUGAACCUGCAGACCAGCCUCCAGCUAAGGGUUGUAUGUCCUACUCUGGUUUGGUUGAAGAUUCUGAGGUUGAAGAUACCUCAGGGGCUGGUGCACAAAGGCAUGAUCUAGUUCAAAUACUGACUACUACAACACAUUCUGAACAGAUACAGAACAGGGAGCCUCAAGAGGACUUGGAUACCUCAGCUGGAGAGCAAAGAGAGGGUGUCAAGAUGAAUAGUGGAGUGGAAUUACUGAUGGAUUUCCUUAAAGUGGCUCCCCAGGUUAAGAUACAGGAGAAUGUGAGCAAGACUGAGCCUGGAAUGGAUGCCUUGCUUGAGGGGUUCAAUGUUACUGAAGAUCUUAUCAUUCUGACCAGUGAUGAUGGAGCAGACACUGCCUCUGAUGGCAAGCUUCAGGAAGAGCUGGUGAUAGAAAUCAAUCCUGAAGAAUCUUCAUGCUUACAAGCUAAAUCAAAUGUAUCCGACUGCACCAGCUCAGAGGAACAGGAUUCAACAGUCAUUCAUCUGACCCUAAAAGUUGAGGACUCAUCUGAUAUCAUUUGUGUUGGUGUUUUGCAAGAAUCACAUUAAGAAGGAUGUGAGCCAGGUAGUGAAAUGGAAAAACAGAAGCAUGACUAAUGUAAACAUGGUCAGCUUCUGGGGAAAUGGUUGCCAAAGGGCCUGUGCUUGUGAUCAGUACCACAAACAUUGUAUAAAGGCAGCAAUGAUCUGUUUUGUUUGUACAUAAAUGUGCUGCUGAGUUUUCACCAGUAUUUGUUUUUUGUUUUUGUUUGCCAUUACAGGUCCAUUACCAUUCACUCAUUUUGUAUUAUAGUUCUGAAGGCUGUUUUGUUUUUUUAUUACACUGCCUUUCUUCAUUGCAGUUCUAAAGGGGGUUUCUAUAUUCUAACAAAACUAAAUCCAGGGACUAUUUG